AUGGAGCAGCUGCUGCGAGUUUUCCCCUUCGAGGUGCGGACCUGGGUGAAGGAGCGCGAGCCCGGCGAUGGACUCACCGCUGCAAAGUUGGCCGUGCAGUACCUCAACGCGCGCAAAGGAGGACCUGCCCGGACCGGCACUACAGCUCAGCGUGGGCCAGCUCAGCCGCUUCUCUCCAGACCACCCCGGCAGGACAGCUACCCAGAUCGGCAAGACCAGCCCUAUCUUGUGAGUGUGGGUGUGGUUGAAAACUUACCAGUGGAUGCUAUUCUCGGUUGGGAUUUACCAGUUCUCAUGGACCUGUUGAACGAAAAAGUGUCUGAGGAAAGUGACUCUGGGGGGAAUAGUAACUGUUCUAUGUCUAUGGCAUGUCCUGUUUUAACCCGAGCUCAGGCAAAAACGGGUGUCCAGCCUCUGCCGGACUUGGACAGUAGUCUGUGUGAGGGGGGCACCAAGGGGCCCAAGAAGUCCCGCCGUCAGAGGCGGUUUGAGAAACAAAUGUGGUCUGCUAGUCCUGAAGAUGUUUUACCUUUGUGUUGGAAUGUGCCUGACAAUGUUGGGAAGACUGCCGCCUUCAUGCUACCCAUCCUGGAGCGUCUGCUGUACAAACCACGCAGCACCCAGCUCACCCGUGUCCUGGCCCUGGUGCCCACCCGAGAGCUGGGUAUCCAGGUGCACUCUGUGGCCCGGCAGCUCGCCCAGUUCACUGGCAUCACUACCUGCCUGGCUGUAGGUGGGUUGGACAUCAAGUCCCAGGAGGCAGCUCUGAGGGCGGGGCCUGAUGUCUUGAUCGCCACCCCGGGGCGUCUUAUUGACCACUUGCACAACACCCCCAGCUUUGAGCUUAGCCACAUCGAGAUCCUGGUGCUGGAUGAGGCUGACAGGAUGUUGGACGAAUACUUUGAAGAGCAGAUGAAGGAGAUCAUCAGAAUGUGCUCACACAACAGACAGACCAUGCUGUUCUCCGCCACGCUGACCGACCAGGUGAAGGACCUGGCCGCUGUCUCUCUGCGGGACCCGGUGAAGAUCUUUGUGAACAGCAACACAGACGUGGCUCCAUUCCUACGGCAGGAGUUCGUAAGGAUUCGAGCUAAUCGUGAGGGCGAUCGCGAGGCCGUCGUUGCAGCGCUGCUGACGCGGACCUUCCAGGACCACGUGAUGCUGUUCACUCAGACCCGUAAACAGGCCCACCGCCUGCACAUCCUGCUGGGCCUGAUGGGGCUGAAGGUGGGGGAGCUGCACGGAGAGCUGAGCCAGACGCAGAGGCUGGAGAACCUCAGGAGGUUCAAAGACGAGCAGGUGGAUGUUCUGGUGGCCACAGAUGUUGCAGCCCGAGGCCUCGACAUUGAUGGGGUCAAGACGGUGAUCAACUUCACCAUGCCCUCCACACAGAAGCACUAUGUGCACAGAGUCGGCAGGACGGCUCGGGCGGGCCGCUCUGGCCGCUCAGUGUCUCUCGUGGGAGAAGCAGAGAGGAGGAUGCUCAAGGAGGUGGUGAAGACUGCCAGGAGUGGGGUCAAGGCCCGCGUGCUGCCGCCAGAGGUCAUUCUGAAAUUCAGGGACCACAUCUCCAAACUAGAGAAGGACGUGGAGGCGGUGAUCCGGCUUGAGCGGGAGGAGCGUGAGAUGGCAGCGUCCGAGGCAAAGCUGUCUGUGGCGCAGAAGCGUCUGGAGAGCGGAACCUCGGAGCCAGAGAGAGUGUGGUUUCAGAGCCAACAGGAGCGCAAACAGAGCCGCAUGUCCAAGGCGCUGCAGGACUUUGACCAGGCUCUGAGAGGGAAGAAGAAGAGGACUCAGUUCGUGAAGGACUCCAAGAGAAAAGACAUUACUGGAGAGGAGCGCGCUCAGUUCGAGAUCCUCAAGGCUCAGAUGUUUGCAGAGCGCGCCGCCAAGAGGGACCGCCGUCCCAAACGAGCGCGCGCCAUGGCGGAGGAGCCGACCCCUGAGCCAGGAGCCAAGCACAAGGCCAAAGGAGGGAAGAAGUCUGUGUUUGACAAGGAGCUGACCAACACCAGCGGACGCCUGCUCAAACAGUAUCGGGCCGGACCGUCCUUUGAAGAUCGGAAACGCCUGGGUCUAAAUCGCAAACCACAGGCCAAAGGACUCAGGAGAGGAGGUGGAGGAGGAGGUGGAAGAGGUGGAGGUGGAAGAGAAGGAGGAGGAGGCGGAGGAAGAGGAGGAAGAGAAGGAGGAAGAGGAGGAGGAAGAGAAGGAGGAAGAGAAGGGGGAAGAGGCGGCGGAAGAGGAAGAGGAGGAGGAAGAGGGUUCAAAAAGAAGUGA